CACACAGCCUGAAAGUCGACCAGGCACACACGCACACACACGCACACACCAGAAGGAGAAGAAGAGGAUCUAAAAUCCACGCGUGGACGAGACGACUGUGAAGAUGUUGUUGCCUCUGCUUCCUCUGCUUCUCCUCUGCCUGCACUGUCCUGCCGGCGUGUCGGUGACAGUGAGCGCUAGUAAAGCCACAGUGGAGGUCCACGAGCACACAGAUGCCGUCCUGUCCUGCGAGUUCCGAACCGAGAAGGAUCAGAACCCUCGUAUCGAGUGGAAGAAGAAAGGAAAGGCCGUCACCUUCGUCUACUUUAAUAACAAAUUCACUGGCUCCUACGCAGGCCGGGCCAAGAUGGAAGGAGCCACACUGACCAUCCACUCUGUGACCGAGAAGGACUCUGGAGAGUACCGCUGUGAGGUCACCGCCAGCCAAGACCACAUCAACUUUGGAGAGGCCACCGUGGAUCUCCGUGUACUUGUGCCUCCUCACAUCCCAUCCUGCGACGUUCCCAGCUCGGUGUUUGUGGGCUCCGACCUGGAGCUUCUCUGCAAAGACAAGCUGAGCGUUCCCCCGGCCAUGUACAGCUGGUUCAAAGACAACGAGGCCCUGAUGGCCUCGGCCGACACGCCGUACAACAUGGACUCGCACAAAGGAACACUGAAGUUCAAAAGCGUGUCCAAGAUGGAUUCAGGGAUGUAUCGCUGUGAGUCUUCCAACAGCGUGGGGGCGCCCAAGAGCUGCGUGGCGCAACAACUCAAAGUUGUAGACUAUCCAGUGGAUGCGGCCAUUUUGAUAGCAGGCGCUGCAGCUUUUGUCAUCCUCACGCUUCUCUGCUGCCUCUGCGUGUGUUUCUGCCAUCGCAGAGGAUGCUGCAAGACAGAAGGGAAGAAAGCCAAAAGCAUCAAGUCCUACAACCCUCCUCCUCCUCCUCCCAUCCACAAUCUCAUGAACUACAAACAAACUCAGUCUUUCAUGAUCUGACUUGUCCCUCUAACCACGUCCAACCAUCCCAAAAUGCAACAUUUGUCAUUCAAUGCACUGGAAUGUCGUUGCCCACGCUGGUAUUUUCUUGAAAGACCAAAACCUGAAGCUGAUUUUUGUAAAAUCCUGGCUGGUUCCCAUUGGUUUACAUCUUUAAUACAUUUCCUGUAUUAAAGAUGCCAAAAGCAAUCAAGUGUAGGUCAGUACAGUGGAAGCUUGGUUAGCAUGUGUCCCAGUUAGCGUGCUUUUUGGGUUAACGUCUCCCAAAAAAUGUUCCUUGGUUUGCGUACAUUUUCUGGCAAUAUGGCGCACGUGUUAUUCAUACACUCUGUUUUAUUCAUUUAAUAAUGAAAUUAUUAUUGAUAAUUUUAAUUAUAAUAAAAUUAUCAAUAAUUAUUAACUAAUAUUUUUAAUAUUAUUAAUAAUUAAAAAAUAUUCAUUUAAUAUGUUGAGGAGGCCGUCAAAGAAUUAAACAAAGAGGCGUUAGCACACUUUUGAUCCAAUGUUUUAUCGUUCAUAGUUCAUUCAUUUUAUUGUUGCUGCUGGACCACCCAGCAUGCUUUUGGAAAUAACAAUUUCAAGUUGCGUGUUAUGUUUAAUGCUUAAUUGUUGAUUCAAAUGUUUUUGUUUCGUCGCACCGUGAGAAAGGGUGCUUGAUGCCCGGCCCUACUGCCAAAUUCUUGAACCCGAUGUGGCCCGCGAGUCAAUACAUUUGAAAGUAAAAGUGUAAUUGUAAAACUCAGUGUCACCAUUUUUUGGAUUUACUUGAUUUCUUAUGGGAAAAAAAUAUUUGGUUAGAGUCUGCAUUAACGACGCUAACCAAGGUUCUACUGUAACUGUAUUUUUAUUAUAUGCGAGGGCCAAAAAGAAAGAACUACAGGCUGCACUUUGGACUCGCCCGCCAUACAGGAUUACCAAAGUGGAUAAAGGGCUAUUUCUGCCUCUUCCAUUCAGAAAUGUUCAAAAUUUGUGUUAGUAUCGGAAUCGAUCUCUCUCCAGACUGAUGACGGCGUCCAUUUUCUAUUAUUCCUGACUGCAUCAUAUCUAUUUUUGAAUUCACAGAAGCUUUAUUUUUCACCCUUUCAUGUUCAUAUACUCUAUUUUAUCACCGUGUAUGUGUGUAAAUUAUAGCGCUAGCGUUAUACUUACUUUCUUUGAGCUUUGGUUUUUGUUUUAAGAAGUGUGAACGAAGGAAGAAACGAACGGGUGUCUGCAAACACUGAAUGAAAUAAUUAAGUAUCUCCAUGUCAACUGUCUGAGCGCAGAAUAUUUUGCGACAAAGAGCUAUUCAAAAUGUGUUUUUAAAUUUUUCUACCCUGAAAGAGCCUGAUUUUUUUUUCCAGCCAUUUUGGCCUUUUUGAAUUAUAUUCCUUUAAUUAGCUUAGCAUUGAGAAGCCACACAAAAAGUGACACAUUUCUUCCUCACAACCAAAAAUGUCCCAUUGAAAACCUUUGAAAAUUGCAUUUUUGACUCCUUAUUUUUGUUUUCAUGUAAAGUAAUGCAAAGCUUCACUCUAUUUUUAUAAUUGUCCACCAGAUGAAGCUAUUCUGCCCCAAUCAAAGCAUGCAGCAACUGUUUCCUGCAAGUGUGUGGCGACUGAAAUGAUAAGAGUGUGUUAUUAUUUUUGUUUUUCCAAUAACAAAAAGUAUGGAUUUAUACAAACAUACAGACAAAAUCCUGAAAAAAAUCAUUAAUACCCGAUAUGUAUAUUUCAGAAUUAAGUAUUUUUCCAAGUUUGACUCAUUUGAAGCGGAAAAACAUGAAUAUGCAGUGUAAUAUUUUUACAGCAGUUUUUGGAAAGCUGACCUUUUUUUUUCCUUGAGUUUCUGUUUUCAGUUGGAAAAAGAAAGCAUGAAAAUUAAUGUUACUGUCAAUCAUUGCGCUAUCUCAGAGACUAAUAACAAUCAACAUAAUGCAAUUUAUUUUAUAGAAAUUAUUUAUUUCACGUAAACAUAUAAACAUAUUAGCCUUUAAACGGUUAAAACGCCCAAAAUCGAAUAAAAAAAUAAAAAUCAAUAACCCCGUCACCCACAAAAUAAAUAUUAGCAUGCUUCCACGUAGUAUGACUUACAGUACACGUGUAUACAAUAUUGCAUGUUGACAUGAUUAUUUUUAUAAAUGCUGCAAAAAAGCAGACAACCAUAAAGAGAUGAGUGCUGUAGUACUAGGCAUUGCCGCUAGAGGGAAACAUUGCACUGAGUGUCAGCAGCCUGUGCAGCAGAAGGCCAUCGUGUUGUCCUUUUUUAUUUUGCAUGUGUGAACAACAGCUUUCAUUUAGGCUUUUUGUUGCUUAUUUUCUUUAUUUCUGUUCCCAUAAAGGCCUUGACAUGCACUUGUCUCUUCUGGUAUU